AUGGAUACAAUGAGAGAUAAAAUCCGACACCGGGAGGAACUGGAGAGCGAUUCAAGUGAGGAACUGGAGGACAGUUCCAGUGAAUCGGCGGAACUGGAGGUCAUCACUAACCGCAUGAAGUCGGAGGAGGAGGUGAUCGUCUCGGAGCACAACAUGUGGUUAUCACACGUGCCUUAUCUGUACGACUCGGCGCUGACCCACGCCUUGCAGUGGAUCUCACCGACAGUCCAGUGGUUGCCAGACGUCAUACCCACCAACGACUCGGACCUACUGUCUCAGCACCGACUCAUUCUCGGCACUCAUAUGACAGCCGGCGAUCUGCCGGACCUGUUGCUCGUGGCGUCGGUCCCGGUGCCCAACGACGGCACUACUGGCGAGCAAUUGGCUGAGGGUUACGGUGGACAGGGAUCAGUCAGAAUGGACAUAAAGAUAGCGCACGAGGGGCCUGUUAGGAGGGCCCGGUAUAUGCCACAGAACCCCGACUUUAUAGCCACUCAGACAAUGGACGGGGAUGUGCUGCUGUUUGACGUAAGCAAACACCCGCCGGAGCCGCCAGUGGGCUCCCGGUGCGCACCUAACGCCCGACUCGUUGGCCACACCGUAGGCGGCACUGGACUGGCGUGGAGUAGACACCGAAUGGGCUAUUUAUUGAGCGCCGGCUACGACACGACUGUCCGCCUGUGGAACGUCUUCCAGCACCGACUCCAGUAUGAGGCCAGUCGUGUGUUUAAGGCACACGUGGCGCCGGUAAAGGACGUCCAGUGGCACGAGAGCAACGCCCGGGUGUUUGGGUCGGUGGACGGCGCCGGACGGCUCAUGGUUUGGGACAUUCGCGCCGACAAUGACCGGACGCCCCAACUAGAGGUGGGCGCACACAACCAAAAGUGCAAUUGUCUGGCGUUUAGCCCCCACUCCGAAGCCUCAUUGGCUACCGGUGCUGACGAUAACACUGUAAAGCUCUGGGAUCUGAGACAAAUUCGGCGACCGAUACACGCGCUCGAGUGGCACAGGGAUGCCGUGUUUCAGGUGCAGUGGGCGCCCCACAACUCCUCCAUUAUAGGCUCGAGUGGCGGCGACCGGCGCCUACAUCUAUGGGACCUAAGUAUCAUCGGUGCCGAACAGAGCGAGAUGGAGGCGCUGGAGGGACCGCCAGAGCUGCUGUUCAUACACGGCGGACAUACCGGCCCUGUCAUGGAUUUCUCGUGGAAUGAGAACAACGAUUGGAUGGUGGGGUCGGUAUGCGAGGGCCCACUCCUGCAGGUCUGGAAAAUAAGUGAAUCUUUGUAUGACGAGGACUAG